AUGGUCACAGGUGGCGGGCCCUGCCCACCCGUCCCGGGACACGUGGUGGGCCUCACCCGCCCGUCCCGGGACACGUGGCUGGCCUUGCCCGCCCACCCCAGGUCACAUGGCGGGCCUUGCCCGUCUGUCCCGGAUCACGUGGCGGGCUUCGCCCGCCCGUCCUGGGAAACGUGGCGGCCUUCACCCGCCCUUCCUGGGACGCGUGGCACGCCCUGCCCACCUGUCCUGGGACGUGUAGCGAGCCUCACCUGCCCAUCCUGGGAUGCGUGGUGGGCCUCGCCCGCUCGUCCUGGGAGAGCCGUGGUGGGCUUCGUCCGCCCGUUCCGGGACAUUUGGCGGGCCAUGCCUGCCCCGUGUCCGGGGACAGGCAUGCGAGGCCCACCACGCGUCCCGGGAAUGGCGGGUAUCGCCCGCCACACGUCCCGUGACGGACGGGCGGCACCCACAACGUGUCCUGGGACGGGUGGGCACCGCCACCCACGUGUCUGGGGACAGGCGGGCGUGGCCCGCCACACGUCCCGAGACGGGUGGGCAAGGCCCGCCACAUUUCCUGGGACGGACGGGCGGCGCCCACCACAUGUCCUGGGACGGGUGGGCGCCGCCACCCAUGUGUCCAGAGACGGGUUGGCGAGGCCUGCCACUUGUUCUGGUACGGAUGGGGGAGGCCCGCCACUUGUCCCGGGACGGACCUGCGAGGCCCCCGCCAUUCCCAUGGAUCCCCAGGGAUGGGGGGAUAGGUGCCACGCCCAGGUGUCCCGGGCCGGGACGGGCAGGCGAGGCCCGCCACAUGUUCCUGGAAGGGCCGGGGAGGCCCGACACAUGUUCCGGAGCAGGCGGGGGAAGCCCGCCAUGUGUCCCAGGACGGGCAGGCGAGGACCGCCACGUGUCCCAGGACGGGCGUGUGAGUCCCGCCACUUGUUCCUGGAGGGCGGGGCAGGCCACGCAUGCCAGGACAGGCGUGCGGGGCCCGCCACGCGUCCUGGGACGGGCAGGCAUAGCCCGCCAUGUAUCCGGGGACGGGUGUGA